AGCCACUAGUCGGCCUCCCGGAGCGGAGCAGCCAUACUGUCCGGCUCAGCCUCACUCUCGGAGGGAAGUAGCAGGCAUUCAGAGAGGAUGCUGAGGCCUGCCAGUCCCGAGACACAUCCAUCACUAACCCGGGACUGUUAGGCUGGUCCGGGCAAUGGCAGCACCCAUCGCGCAUUUCGACGAAGACUGGCCGAUUUUCAGUGAUCCGAGCAUGGUAGCGGAUCAGCGGCUGCUGCUGCCGCAGAAAGGCCGCACAGCCGCCACCGCCGCGGGGGAAGAAGAGGCAGCAGCAGCCCUGCAGCUCCUGCCGGGUGAUGGUGAUGAUGAUUUUCUCGAGCUGCACGACGGCAGCUAUUCCCCGGGGACGACUGGUGUUUUCAGGUCCAUGGAGGAUUUAGUGAACGACUUUGACGAGAAGCUUUCAGCGUGCUUUCAAAAUUUUGACGCAAAGACGGACAGCAUCGCUCCCGUGAGUGUAAUCGGCGAGGACACCCUGCUGGAGAAAGACGAAAUCUGGAAUGCUUUGACAAGUAACUACGGUCAUGUGAUGCCAGUAGACUGGAAGCAGUCUCGGACAUGUUCCCUCCACGUCCCUUCAUUCAACCUGGAGACAAAAACUAGGAAGACUGAUGUGAUGGCAGAGCUGUCAGAUGACGAAGAGCUGAGGGAGCAGCUGGACAUGCACUCCAUCAUUGUCUCCUCCCUCGCAGAGGAGCCGCUCUUCACAGCAGAGCAGGUUAUUGAGGAGAUAGAGGAGAUGAUGCAGGACUCUCCUGACACUGAUGCCGCACACAAUCCAUCUCAGUCGGACCUCUCGAUGCUUUCCCUGGAUGUCCAGCGUGCCAACAGCAGUCCCAGCUUUGAGAGAAGGAUAAGGAUCCUAAGCAUGGCAGAGCUGAAUGAGCGUCUGGAGGAGACAGAGACGAACAUCAGGAGGUUCUCAGAGGAGCUUGUGCAGCAGCUGGCACUCAGAGAUGAGCUGGACUUUGAGAAGGAAGUGAAAAACAGCUUCAUCUCAGCCCUCAUUGAUGUACAAAACCGACAGAAGGAGCACCGGGAGCUGCUGAAGAAGAAGAAGAAGCUCAAAGGUGGAGCUGGACCGUCACAGAGUCCAGCUGAGAAGACACUCGGAUCACGCUUCAGCAUGGAGGGACUCUCCUCUGUCAUUCAGAACAGCUUCCGACAGACUUUUGGGAGCGGGUGCAGUGAAAGACAGUAUUUGACCACAGUCAUCCCAUAUGAGAAAAAAGGACAUCCUCCAUCACUAGAGGACCUCCAGAUCCUGACCAAAAUUUUACAAGCAAUGAGAGACGACAGUGACAAGGUGCCCAGCCUCUUAACAGACUACAUCCUCAAAGCUCUGGUGUGAGCGAUGGAUGAGGAGUGCUUUGCCCAACAUAAAACCAGCCAGACGCUGCCAGCCGGACACCCUGUAAUGGCUUCAGAUCACCAUGGAUGAAGAGGACACAUUGUAUUUUUUUGGGCCAACAUGAAGCACACUUAAUUUAUUCCUGCAUGUCUUUACCUCAUGUUGUGACCUUUUUUGUGUCAUUUGCUCCUUUUGGUUUUAAUUUUUUUGUGUUGGGCCUUGUGAUUUUGAAACCUUAUGUGUGUUCCUGUGAAGUGUGACUUUUUUACCUGAAGGAGAAUUGUAAAAAGAAAAAAAGAUGAGAUAUAUGAGGAAUACACUCACAUAGAUGUACCAGCAGAAGAGCUGCACUAUAACCUUUACUGGUUGGUUAUACGUAAGAGCAGAGCUGCAAUGCACAGGGCUUUGUAUUUAAUUGAGGUGCUAAGCUAUCUAUGAAGCAAUGAAAAACACACUGAGCACGUUGAACACAUAAGUGGCAGUCAUAAAGAAGUGUAAAAAUGUGAUUUCUAACGUUAGAAUUGUAAACAAGAGUAAAGAGAGAUUUUUAAAGGUUUUGUUGAUCCCAAGAGGAAAUUCAAACUACUUGAGGAUCACAUGGUCUCGUUUAGAGAUAAGAAAGUAUGGAUAGACAAUUGAAACUGUUAUAUUAAAUGGAUGUGUGUGCAGACAAAAGGUUAAACCAUCAUUUAUUUCAACACAGCCUUUCAUGUAACAGCAAAAUCACUGAGCUUCAUGCUCUCAUUUCAGAAGAACACAACAUCCAUUAUUAUGUAUGACACAUAUAGGUAUUAUUCUAUGGAAAGUGGAGUGUUGUAGUGAAGUCUGGACUGAAGUUAUCUUACUAUGCAUUAGAGUGAACACUAAAUUCUGAUUCCUGCACUGUCUGAACUUUUGUGAUUGUGAGCUCUAAAUCAGAGCGUCAGCGUGCCUGCUGUGCACAGGGCAGUAUGUACGCCAUAACUAGGCGUUAUCAAUAAUAAUAUUAUUGUGUUUGUAUUCUUGUACAAGAACAAGCUGCCUUUGCCUUUGCCUGAACUUUUGUAUACUAUAAAUGACUUAUUUUCAAUGAAUGUCAAACUGCUGGAUUACUCAGAGCCUGCUUUGUUGUUAAUUUAUUUUGUAAAUAUGUUAUUUCAAAUAUAUUAAUUGAAUUUAA